AUGGCGAGUCAGACACAGGGGAUCCAGCAACUGUUGGCUGCUGAGAAACGCGCAGCAGAGAAGGUCUCCGAGGCCAGGAAGCGAAAAGCAAAACGUCUAAAGCAGGCCAAGGAAGAGGCCCAAGAUGAGGUUGAGAAGUACAGACAGGAGAGGGAGAGGCAGUUUAAAGACUUCGAAGCCAAGCACAUGGGCACAAGGGAGGGAGUCGCUGCUAAAAUUGAUGCUGAGACCCGAGUGAAAAUCGAUGAGAUGAACAAAUUGGUCCAGAUGCAACAAGAAUCGGUGAUCACAGACAUCCUGAAUCUUGUGUACGACAUCAAGCCCGAACUUCACGUCAACUACCGCUUAGAAUAA